CUGAAGGUUUGUAGUCGCUGUAUUGUGGUCAGUUCUGUAAUAUUUUUCCACUCAGCAGUAUGUUAUCUCUCAGCACAGUAUUUUAUGGCUGUAUUAAUGUGUUUGUGAUGUGUGUCUGUAUCUGUCUCAUAACAGCUCUUAUUCUCAUCAGGUUCAGAUGCUUGAAUCUUCUGCUGCUUUGUCUCGUCUAUCACAGCAAAAUCACAUCUAAACCUGUUUCAGGAAAAAAGGGAGGAAACGUCACACUAACAUGUGAAUCUGAGGCCAAUAAUAUUUUUCAUAUUGAGUUAUUCAGUGAGUCAGAAGACAUAGAUGUGUGUCAAACUGAAGAAUGUAGUGGACGAGCGUUUAAAGAAGGAAACUGUGACGUCGUCAUCAAGAAUCUGAGCUUCAGUGACGCUGGGAAAUACUUUAUGAGAAUCUAUUACAAUAAUGAUCAGACAGAGCUGAAGCGACAAAUCAGGACGUACCAACUUCAUAUUCAUGAUGAGAUUUCUGUGAAAACAGGCGAGGAGCUAAAGAUGUCUGUUCUGUUGUCUAAUGCUGAUAAAGUGGAGACAAGCUCUAGUGGAGAGUGGAGGGAGGUUCAGAGCGAUCGACUGAAUGAAAAUGAUGGGACUCUGACCAUUAAAUCAUUUCUAGACAGUGAUGCAGGAACAUACAGAGUUCUGGACACUGAAGGAGAAAUCUUGAUCACAGUGACAGUCACAGAAUCAAAGGAAAAACUGGACACUGAACAACACAGGAACUGGAUUGUGCCAGUUGUAGUGUGUUUGGUGAUUCUGGUGGCUCUGAUUGUGAUUUCUGUCAUCAUAUGGCGAUGUCAGCACAGAGGUCACACACAGGUUUCAGUACAGGAGAAUAAAGAGCACAAACAGGAACUGGAGAAACUAUAAUGAUCUUCACUGAAUGUGACUCAACUGCACAGGGGCCCUGAACACCUGGUGAUGCAAUUUACAACGUUACUGAUGCAAUUUCAACAUAAGUCAACACACUACAUAAGUCAACAUACCCUGCAAACAUGUCCUUUGCAAGCCAUGCUGGCUUUUUGCGGGC